CCGGGCCCGGGCAGGAGCGCCGGUCGGGGAACGCUGCGUGCCGGGGCACCGCUUCGCCCCGGGAGCCGGAGCGUCAGCGGAGGGAGGAGUGGUCGGGCAGGCACAGGUCCCGGAGCCCAGGGCUGCGGUUCUGCCUGCUGGAGCUGGGCAAAACCUCUGUCGUGUUCCCCUUGGGACGGAUCGGGGCAGGGGCGCGCCCAAUGACCGCUCUGACGGGAGGGAGGUGCGUGAGGGGCAUCCCCAGUUCCACCGCCCGGCAAAGCUUCGCUUGCCGUAGUGUGACGGGUCAAGGCCAGGAGAUGUCGACCCCCCCUCUGGCCGGGGCAGGGAUGCCGCCGGGCGCUUUCUCCGGGACGCAGGCUCAGGCUGCCAGGGAGGUGAACACGGCUUCCCUCUGCCGCAUCGGCCAGGAGACCGUGCAGGACAUUGUCUUUCGAACCAUGGAAAUCUUCCAGCUACUGAGGAACAUGCAGUUACCAAAUGGUGUUACUUAUCAUACUGCAACAUACCAAGACAGACUGGCAAAGCUGCAGGAACAUCUCCGUCAGCUAUCAAUACUCUUCAGAAAACUGAGAUUAGUCUAUGACAAAUGUAAUGAAAACUGUGCUGGGCUUGAUCCUAUUCCCAUAGAACAACUUAUUCCAUAUGUUGAAGAAGAUGGCUCCAAGCAUGAUGAUCGUGGUGCUGCAAGUCAGCUUCGUUUUGCUAGUGAAGAGAGAAGGGAAAUCAUGGAAGUAAAUAAGAAACUGAAACAGAAGAAUCAGCAGCUGAAGCAGAUCAUGGAUCAGUUACGAAAUCUUAUUUGGGACAUAAAUGCCAUGUUGGCAAUGAGGAACUGAACAAGGAAAAUCAAUCUUUGUAACUGAAGAUACAAAUCUGUUUGGAUAUACUUAACUUCCUUCUAAGAAGUAACAUGUUUUUCCACAAUUAUAUUGCAGUAAUGUUUAAAAAGUCUCGAAGAUUAAAGUGUUGGGUCAUUUUCUAGUGAUGUAAAUGGUGUUGGGUUUGUUUUUAUAGAAGAUUCAUUGUAUAAGUUUUACCUGUGUGAUUCUGCUGUACAGCCUCAGUAAUUUACAGUAGUAGUUUGGAUUGCUAUGCAGAUAGGGGGUUUUAUAAAUUAAGUGUUUCUAGAUUUUCUUUAUAAUACAAUUAAAAAUUAUAAAAACAUAUGUUUAUAUGCAGUUUUUUCUGCAGUGCAAAUGCCUCUACAGAGAGGAAAACUUGCAAGACAGGAGUUACUCCAGAAAACUAGAGGGCUGAAAUCAUCAAUCAGAUACUGCAAUUCUGUCUGCAGUAUUUUUUAUAUUAUCUGCAGUGCAGAGCAGAGCAAUACAAUCCCCUGCCUUGCCCAGCUGGUGAUGCUGUGCCUAAUGCCCCCAAGAACAGGGUUGGCCCUCCUGGCUCAUGUUCAACUUGACAUCAACCAGGACCCCCACGUCCUUUUCCACAGUGCUGCUCUCCAGCCUCUCAUUCCCCAGUCUAUACACACAGCUGGGGCUGCCCCAUCACAGGUGCAGAAUCUUUCACUUGCCCUUGUUAAACUUCACACAGUUGGAGAUUGCCCAACCCUUUAAUUUGUGGAGGUGUCUCUGCAGGGCCUUUCUGACCCCAAGGGAGUUGACAGCUCCUCCCAAUUCAGUGUCAUCCACAAACUUACUUAGUAUUCCUUCCAGUCCUGUAUUGAAGAGCAAAGGGCCAAGGAUGGAGCCCUGCAGAACCCCACUAGUGACAGUCACCAGUCUGAUGUGCCCCAUUCACUGUAAGACUUUGUGCCCAACCCAUCAGCCAGUUGCUUACCUGUCAUGUAACUCAGUUAUUCAGCUGUGUGCUGGACAUUUUGUCCAGAAGGCUUCUGUGAGAGACAGUAUCCAAAAGCUUUGCUGAAGUCCAAAAAUACCACUUCUGCUGGCUUUCCUAGAUCACCUAGGUGGGUUACCCUGUUGUAGAAGAAAAUCAGGUUGAUCAAGCAGGACUUGACCCUCAUGAAGCCAUGCUGGCUCUGAACAACUGUGACUGGUUGUGUAUUUCUGUAUUUAUGUAUGGUUGGAAUACUUUGGUUUUGUUUACCAGAAUGCACUGAAUAAAGACCUCAUUAAUCUUG